CGACGGUCAAGGUAAAGGCCGAAAGUAGCCACAGGAUAAAGGGACGCUCUAUAUAAGACCAUGUAAGGAGGACUGGUCGACACUCGCUCACCACCCAACCCUCCAUCAUGAAACUAGUGAUCAUCGCUGUCCUGGCCGCCGCGGCCGUCGCCGCUCCCCAGUACAGCUACAGCGCCCCAUCUGAAGAAUCCAGCGAGGAGGUGGAGGUGCAGUACAGCUACAGCGCUCCGCUCGAAGACUCCAGCGAGGAGGUCAUCGAGAUAAUCCCCAUCGUGAGGGACGACCGCGUCCACGAGGAUGACGGGGCUUACACACUGGACGUGGAGACUGGCAACGGCAUCGUCCUCAGCCAGUCCGGCUCUCCAAAUGGUCCCGAUGACUCUGUUGUCAAGUCUGGACACUACUCCUACACCGCCCCUGACGGCACUUUCGUCGAAGUCAAAUUCGUCGCAGACGAGAACGGCUUCCAGCCCCAGUCUGACCUGCUGCCCGUUGCCCCCGCCUUCCCCCACCCCAUUCCUGACUUUGUGCUGGAACAAAUCGCCUUCGCCGAGGCGGAGGACGCCGCCCGCGCCCGCGCUGAGCUCGAAGCCCAAGACUCCGAGGAGGAGCCCGCUGCCCCCUCCACCUCGUAUGGAAGUCCUCAGUAGAAUCACCCUGCGUGGCGGCACAAGGUCUAGGAAGACUAGCAUAUCAUGGGACGGCUGGACUUCAUGUCAGGAACAAGGCGACAUUGGUCGGCAGUUGGCAGGAACGAAAAGAUUAAAAGAGCGAAGCAUCA